GUGCUACAUAAGAAAUACAAAUAAACUAUUAUGAUAAUGUAAAAUGUUGUGAGAAAAGGAAAAAGGAAUAAAACUAAGAUUUAUGACGAUUAUGACAAUGUCGUAUAUCAAAUAAAUGAAAGAACGUCUUUAUAUUUUUUAGAAAAAUUAUUCAGCGAUUUCAUUUGGUGUAUUAUGUAAGAUAUGUUAUGUUAAGCGCAUAACCUAUGACUACACAUAUAUCGGACGUAGUGUUGAUCAUCGAAUGGUAUGACCGCGAAAUGUGAAAUGUAUUUGUUUAUAUUUCUACGAAGGUAGUCAAUUAUUCAAGUGUCUGUUCACAAUUAUUUGAAAAUUUUAACGAUGAGCUGGGAAGUUUGCUGCAGGAAUAUGUGUCGUGCGUGCAUGAAAAUUGAUGGUGUACUUUUGCCAAUGUAUGAUGACGACACGAUAAGUAGCAAGAAUUUACCUGAAAAACUUACUGAACUUACCUCGAUUCAGAUUGAUAGACAUGAUGGAUUACCACAUAUGCUUUGCGCCAAAUGUGCUUAUCGGACUGUUGCAUUUUAUGAUUUUAAAUUACAAGUACAAGCGACUGAGGAAAAACUUAGAAAGAUGUUUGAUACGCAAAUAGAGGAUAUUAAGGAAGAAAUUGAAGAAAAUGGAAAUGAACAAGAUUCCAUAAUGUUAAGCAAAGAAUCAGCAGAAAAGGUAUUUGAUUCUUCUGAAAUGGUUCCUGUUAAUUAUGCAAGUUCUAUUAAUGAUCAAUUAAACAAGGAGAUUAAAGUAAACAAAGAUGAAAUGGAACAAUCAUUAGAAAUAAUAUCGUUUAUGGAUUUGAAUCAGAAUAAUGGAACAGAUAAGAUUCAAGAUCAUUUAAAUAAGAUCAUCAAUGUUGAUCAGCAAGUAGUGUAUAUAGGGGACACAAUAAUGGAAUCUAUCAAAUCAGAAGAUCAUAAUCCUUGCAAGCCAAAAGAUGAAAAUAUUAGUAUUAAAGCAUCAUCUUGUAAAGAGAAUUUUGAAAAACCUAGAACAAAUGAUGAAUUUUUAGAUACAGUAUAUAUAUCUGAUAAUACAGAAUUAAAGAGUACUAAGACUUUAAACAUUGAAAAUGAAACUUGGCAAUUGGUAUCAACAGAUAAAUCGGUCAUAAUAGAGCAGGAAGAUAAAAUGAAGCUUAACGACCAACAAAAUUGUAAUACAACAGAGAAUGUGGACUUAAGAGAAAGCGAUGAUACUGAUUCAGAUUACUUCAUUGAUCCUAAAGAUAAUAUUUUAGGAAGUUUAAAUGAUACAAUAACUAGGAUCAAAGAAAUAAAAACUGAGAAUAAUACUAUACAAUAUCAGUGUACUUUAUGUUUGCAGAACUAUGAUAAACUUACAGGUGUUUUACUUCAUACUAUUGAUAAUCAUAUUCCAAGUAGUGGUCCAUUUUUUUGUGUUGUUUGUGAGAAGGAUUGUGAUAGUCACAGAGAAUUAAGAACUCAUGUAAAAACACAUACAGGACAAUUUCCAUAUUCGUGUUUUAUAUGUAAUAAAGCGUAUACCUUAAAAAGAUAUUUAAAGCGACACAUGGUUUGUCAUACCGAUUUUCCAAGACAUCGUUGCCCAAAAUGUGGAGUAAGAUUUAAAACAAAAUUAGAAUUAGAAAAUCACAUUGUAACACAUGUACAUGGAGCACCAUAUGCGUGUAGUCAAUGUCCACGUAUGUUCAACCAUAAAGGUAAUUACAAAAGACACUUAAUUACACAUUUGGAUCCCCAAGGUCUUCAUUUACCAAAAUACCCAUGUACAGUUUGCGGUAAACGAUUCUUGAAUAAUCGUACUCUUGAAACUCAUAUGCGUGUUCAUACGGGAGAAAAACCAUUUAAAUGUAAUGUAUGUAGUAGGCGUUUUUCACAACAAGGGAAUCUUCUGAACCAUUUACGAAUUCAUUCGAAUCCCAGAAGUUAUACGUGUGAAGUUUGUGGGAAGAGAUUUAAUCAGAGAGCUACAUUAAAAGAUCAUAGUCUUAUACAUACAGGAGAAAAACCUUACAUUUGUAACGUCUGUGGAAUUGCAUUUACAUUUAGUGCAGCAUUAAGACGUCACAUGUGGACUCAUGCUAGUGGCAAACCUUUUGGUUGUGAAAUUUGCAAUGCACGUUUUGUAGGGAAGUAUGAUUUGAGACGUCAUAUGAAAAUUCAUAGCGACAGACCAAGAACGAAACAAAAAAAGAAUGGGGGAAAAAAUAGUAACACAGAAGAAGAAUCAAGAGAAGAUAUUACAACUGUAGAAGAAGUAGAUACAGAAACUGUUCUCAUAGAACAAGUUCUUUUAAAUCAAGAUGUUACACAAGUUAUUCCACAAGAAGAAGCAGAAAAAGAGAAUGUAGAUGCUCUUUUGAAUCUUAUACAGUAUGGUUAAUAUUAUUAAGAAAUUUUUUAUUUUUCCUCCUAUAUUGUUUGUUCAAAGUUAAAAAAAUAGACAUUUAGCUUGAAGGAGGUAGAAUUUGUGUCUUAAGUCAAUUAACUUAACAUAUAUAUCUCUUUAUUAGAGAUAUUAAGUCUUCAAUUUCACAUUUAAUAUUAGAUUAUAAUAUAAUAAUUUAUAUCUUGAAUUAUGUAAUGCUAUAGAACAUAAUUUUUAACUUAUUUAAUAGUUUUAAAGGAUCGUGAUUUAUAAAGUUUAUGAAUUAAUCAAACAAUGAAAGAUUGCUUCGUGGAUGUGUAGAAAAUAUGUUGCUCAACAAUUUUUGUUUUCCUUGUGCAACAUUGUAUAUUAUAAAGAUUCUUUUUUUACAUUUUAUUUAUAUUCGAUGCUUGUAAUAUUUGUAAUGUAAGACUGAAAACCAUUAUUAUUUUUAAAACUAUUUUUUGUCGUAUAUUCAAAUGAAAAAAUUUCUUCAUGUCUGUACGAUGCGUAUAUAUAUAAUGUGUAGUUCUAUAAAUACGUGAUAUAUUAAAAUUGUAUAAAAGUUUUUCAAUUAUAAAUUUAUUAUAUCUAACAAUCUUUAUAACUCACUUCUGCAUGUAAUGUUUCAUAUUAAUUUUAAUUAUUUUAAACUUCCUGUUUUAUUUGCUAGUGUAAAUUAUUCUGCUAAUAAAGUCGUACGCGACGUUAUCGAACUAAGCGACAAUAGCGAAUAAGAAUGCUACUUCUUAUCUAACGUCGGUAAAGUAUCGAAAUGCGAAUGUGCCAUCUAUUUGAAUAAAUGAGUAAAAUGUAUGAAAAUUCAUUCUCGGUAACGUCGGUAACACGUUACGUGUUCCUUUGACCAUGAGCGUACGCCAUCUAGCUACAUAACGAAUUUUUAAGAUAUUUAUAAUGCCAUUAAAAAUACUUAGAGAAAUGAAGUCACCUUGAUCUCUGUUUACCUCGAAGAUCCAUUUAUAACAGGAAGCAUAACCAUAAAAUGAUUCAGUUUACAAAAUAAUUGAAUAAGUCAUGAUAUUACAUAUUUUAAAUCGCCAUAUAAUUAAAUAUACGUAUUUAUCUUUUUUUACUUUAUAAGUCUGGAAAGUUAUAUAAUACACGAAAAUAGCGAAAUCUCUAACGAUAGCAUAUUCAAUUCUCACGU